GUCAGCGAUCGAGGAAAACCGGCUUGUUGCCAUGGAAUCAGGAUCUAGAUCUCCCUGCCUCGAUCUCAGGCGUAUUGAUGCUAAAUUGGCCAAUCAAAGUCAAGAUGUAGAUUUGGUUGUGUUAGAAGGCAUGGGAAGGUGCAUUCAUACGAAUUACAACGCUCAAUUCACAUGUGAUUCCCUUAAAUUAGCAGUGAUUAAGAACCGCUGGCUUGCAAAUAGAUGUGGAGGUGAUAUGUACAGCGUGGUUUGUCAGUACAGCAAGGGAACAAAAACAACCUAGACUCCUGGCGAGAUUUUUUUAAACAAUGAGAUGAAAUGAGAAUGAAAUCAAUCUAUGUCUAUUAUUCAGUUCGUCUGUCUGACCUGUCUAUCUGUCAGUCAGCCAAUCAACUUGUGAAUCAUCGAUUCUAGCUACCAGUCACUUACUCAAGGUUUGAGUCACCAAUCAUCAUUCAAUCAGUCAGUCACUCCAGACAAUAAUCAAAAUCAAUCAUUUUGUGAAACUUAAUUACUUCCUUGAACGUACUAGUUAUACAGUGCUUUCAAGUGGUAUACUAUGGAAUAUUCCAGGCAUCACUAUUUUCUGCAUAUACACGAGCCUUGAGGUGCAUGCAUAUAUAAAGAAAAUACAAGUGACAGGUGGGAUAUUCCAUAGUGUGUCACGAGUAAACAUGGUAUAACGAUUUUAUUCCACCCCAUAGAAAGCAAAGAUUCAACUCACAGAGCACAAUGAGAAGGAAGAGUGAAAUACCAAUAAUGAAUAUACGACAGUUUUCCUGCAUUCCGAUUGGCUAGAUUUCCAUAUUGGCUAUAUAUAUGGUCUGAGAUAAAUUUUGAUAUUUUUAUCCAAAAACAACAGUAUUGUAUUGAAAACAAUAAUAUUUUUACUACAUGUCAAUAAAAUAAAAAGCUCUUGAAGGUUUUA